AUGUGGCGAAAAGUCCAACACGACGUUCUGAGGUUUGUAGGGCCUGGAGAUGACCUCAAGUCCUGCAGAUUUACUCAGAUGAUGGAGCAGAGACUGGAGAAUGCUUUUGCUGAAGCAGAGGCCAUAUUGAUGAACUCACACAGCGGUCUCACUGUACAGAUCUUGAGCACAUCACAGACUAUGGGUUCUCCUGCUGUAUCUCUGAUAUAUGUGGUGCAUAAUGGCAGUGUCACUCUCAAUGGCACAACUGCCAGUAACCUUCUCAGCCAACUGACUGCUGAGCUUGUCGGUUACUUCCUGUUUUACCCUCCACUGAUCACAGCUGAGCCUCUGGAAUACCACAACCUUAACACAUCUAUAGCAACCAGGCCAUUUUGGAUAAUCACAGUGAUUCAGGAUGUGGAAAACUCCUCUCUAGAAGGACAGUACCACAGUUUUGCUAGUCUGAUGGAGGAGCGGUUGGCUGAGCUCUUCAUGGUAGCUCACCAGCAAGGUGUCCGCUUCAAGCGGGCAACAACAGUGGGCAGUUACACUGUCCAGAUGGUUAGUAUCAGGCGUGUACAUGGGCCAAAAAACCCAGCUGAGAUGACCUACUACGUCCAGCAAAACGGGACCCCACUGCUUGGCACAUCUGCAGCCAAGCUUCUGAACACAGUGGACUCGCAGACCAUGGCGCUCACGCUGGGAUACUUUGUCCAACUGCAGGCUGAAGCUGUAGUGAAGAAUCCACCCAACAACCUGUGGAUCAUCGCUGCAGUGCUAGCACCCAUCGGCGUGGUGACCCUCAUCAUCAUCAUCAUCACCACGGUGCUGUGUCAUAAAAACAAGAGUGAUUUCAAAAGCGAUCCCAUUGGAAACUUCAACCCUCGAGUCAAGACUGCUUACUGGAGAGACGUGGGUUAUUACCCUCAGCAUGUUCAGGGGUUUGACUAUGCCAAGCAGCACCUGGGUCAGCAGGGUGGUGAUGAGGAGACCCUCCCGGUUAUCCAGGAGACUAUGGUUCUGCCCCACCCCAUUCGAGAUGCCCCUCUGUCCCUAGAUAAACCUGCACGCCAAGAUGGAUCCACUUCCAAGAAAAGCCUGAACAGUGAGAUAAGGAAAAGGUUGCCGAGUGAGGAUGGUUCCGUCAUCAGCAGCGAAUCAGUGAAAGAGGUCUCAGGAAAGGGCUUGAGUGUGCAAAAAGCCACAGCACAGCAGAAACUCACGAAGGAAGAGACGAGGAAGAGUAAUGAGCAUUAUGAUAGUUCCUCAGGAUCACUUCAGCUUAUUUCUAUAAAACCAAUGGCAGCUCCACCCACCUACUCGCACCCUGCGUCCUCCGACCGCAGCCAGGACUCUGCUGUAUUCAAUGGAGAGGUGAAUUUGGCUCUGAAACAGAAGUCAGACAUUGAGCACUACAGGAAUAAGCUUAGACUGAAGGCCAAGAAGAAGGGAUACUAUGACUUCCCUUCUGCUGAGGGAAAAGGUAGCACUAAAAACCUGAGUCAGCGACACAAGUACAGCCACGACAAGCUUCCACACCCGCACAGCAGAGCUCAGGAACCGGAAGACGACAGGGGCUCCACAUAUGUGAAGUAUUGCAGGAGUCACCCCACAAAUUGCAGCAGACAGUCUCUAAACAGUCCUGGAGGAACAGAGAUGGAUCUUCUGGUCAUGAGAGAGAGACCCAGAAAGGGGAUCCGUAACAGUGGCUAUGAUACUGAGCCAGAGAUGAUUGAAGAGACUGAUGUUGACCGACUGGCGGGCCGCCAUUAUUUUGGCUGUGGUCGACAAAUCAAAGGUCAAUCUGAGACAUCAACGCUGAGUUCCCAGCCUUCCAUAGAUGAGGUUCGUCAGCAGAUGCAUCUGCUGCUAGAAGAAGCCUUUAGUCUAGCUUCAGCUGGUCACUCCACUUCCAGCAGACACCAUCACUCCCACCAUCAGCAUCCAUCACUGGGUCCCUAUGGCUUGGGUCCAGUCAUCCCGUACUCAGAGGUGGUGACCAGUGCACCGUGCACCACAAGUCAAGGGCAGGGAGGCCUACAGUGGGUGCCAGCCUGUAGACCAGACCCUUACCAGUGCAGCCUGGCCAAACAGGCAUUCAGGUUCACUCAGCUCCCUGAAAUGGCUCUUGGGUCACCUCCACCCCCUGUCCCACCAAGAACAGGCCCUCCUCCUGAGUCAUCACUGCAACGGACAUCUUCUGAUCUUGGUCUGAAGGGUCAUUGCUCUGAGUUGUCAGUGCCGAGUCAGCAUGACAGCGCCCCCUACAAGCCAAAAGGCAGAGCGCCACUCCCACCUGUCACUACUGAGCCCAUUCCCAACCACUCAGGAAACCCCAUGACAGCAGUGUACGCCAUCCCAGCCACUCAUCCAGAAUACACUGGAUAUUUCAUCUCCACGCCACCCUCCUCUUACCACAGCCCAUCCUGGAUGUCUUACCCCCCUGAACCCGAGGAUGUGCCUCCUCAGUGGGCCGAAUCUAUGCCCCUACCAGGCUACGCAGAGGCCUUUCCUCACCCUCAUUAUCCUCAGGGCAGCCCUCUCCUGUGGCACCACCGCCAGGCCGCUCAGGGUGGUCCGGACAAUCCACCCUCCUCCUCCACUGCAGUGUCCCAGCAGAGUCUAGCAGAGCCCAGCGAUCCGAUCAGCCCCAACACCCCCCUCAGUAGCCUUUACACUUCAGCCCUAGUCAAAGCCAUCCGUGAUGAGGUGGCCAAACUGGCCAAGAAGCAAGCAGACGUGUUUGAGUUCCAGGUGUAGAACAUUCUGGUGAAUUCAUGGACCAGCUGCACUGAGACUGAACAGUCUGAUACAUUUACGACUUCUGAUUUCACCGGAUUAAAUCAUAUUUCACUGGAUACUUUUUUUUCCUUUCAGUGAAACACCUGUCUGCUUUUAAUACAGUUUUUGUGUGGUUCUUUUUGCCAUUGUACUAUAACAUUGAUAUGUAAUUAAACAUUUUCUUUAUUGUAGUAUAACAUUAAUAUGUAUUUAAAGUUUUUAUUUAAUGGGACAAUAUGGAAAUCUACAAUGUUCUCGUUUUAGCUGUAUUUUAUGAAAACUGGCAUGGUAAUCAAAAGGAUAGUCCACCUACAAAUUUUAAUUCUGUCAUUAAUUACACCCCCUCAUGUUGUUCAAA